UCCUGCUGCUGCUCCUGCCCUUGCACCACGCAAUUCCUCCAUUCCAUGCCAUUCUGCCACCUUCAUGCCAGCCCAAGCAAUCAGCGCCCCUAUCUCCCGUUCUUCUGCCAUCCCGUAGACCCCCCUGGCUCUCCUAGCACAGUCCACACUUGAGAGCGCUCUUGGGUGGUGUGUCUUUCUUUCAUGACCCAGCCUAUCUCUUCCCCGCCGUGUGUUCUUUCAUCAUACAACCACGAGAAGUUACGAAGAGAGAAGAAAUCCGCUAUGGCGUAACCAAAAAGUCAUGAUCCAGAAUCGCGCGGCCCGUAGGAUCGGAGCAAGGAAAUGACUAGACAUAGCCAGCAAAGUGACAGAUCCGUUAGUUUCUAGCCACUCGCGAGUGCGCCAAAACCUCGCCUCGAGCAUCGAAACACGCCCGCGCCAUGUCGGACGACUCAGUCCUCAUCCACCUCCCCCCCUCCUCCCCCGGCAACGCCGCGUCCGCCAAAAUGCCGCUCGACGAUCCCUCCGCGCCGAUCUCGCUCUUCGCGCCGCAGAUCAGCCCCGCGCCGCCGCUCUGGGCGGCGCUCGACGCCAUGCACGGGCUGGACCCGGGCGGCGCGAGCGCGUGCUUCACGUCGUCGGAGCGCCUCUCCGACACCGAGUUCGCCGACGACUUUGACCCAUCGUCUCCUCCCGGCCCGUCAUCUUUCCUGACGGCCGCUGACGACAUGGAGGCGCGCCUCUCCCGCCCGUCCCCGCACACGCGGAUCGCGGAAGCGGAAACCCCGCGCAAGGGGGCGGCGGGGGGCGGGGGCGGGGGCGCGGGAGGGGAAGGUGGUUCGGGAAUGUGCUGGUCGCCGGCGUGGCUGCCGAGCGAGGACGACAUGUUUAACGACCCGAUUAGCGGCGACAGUAGAAUGCUGGACGAAGCGCCGCCUCUCGCGGGGAACAGCGGCGGGAGCGGCGGAAGCGGCGGGUUUCAAGGAGAGAGUGGAACGGGGAUGGGUAACGGGGUGAUGCACGCCGGAUCUGGCGGCGGGAAUCGCGGAAUGGGAGGUAUGAGUGGAGGAAAUAGUGCGUUUGGAGUUAAUCUGUCCGGGACGGACUCGGCGAGUUUGCUUCUCUCGCGCCCGUCGCCGAUGCCUGGGAUGGCUGUGCAGGACUUAAUCAUGGCCGUUGACUCUGUGGGCUUUGCCACCCCAGCGCCGCAGGGUUGCCGUCCGACUGGCGGUGGGUCGGACGGCGCGUCUUUCAACAACGCUCUCUCGUAUACCAACGGGCCGUCUUACAAUAACGCGCCAUCGUCGUACACUAACGCGCCGUCGUACACUAACGGCCCGUCUGACGCGACGCAGUCCCCCGAGCCGUGGUCCCUAACCUCCUACUACGACACGCCCGUUUCCGAUAUCCUCUGCGACACCGCGCCUGCCUCCACGUGUCCGUCUUCCAUUGGCCCGUCGUCCACGUCAGACGUGCGCGUGUCUCCCACGCCUCAGAGCGACCUGUUCCCCGGAAAUGCGGGGGGCGCACCAAUCGGCUGUUCGCCCAGCUCUUAUCGCGGAGUGGCUAAUAACGAGGCUCGCCGGCCGGUGCGGGGAAACCUGAUGGAUCGCCUCAACGCGCGGGAAAGCGAGACGCGGCCGCCUGAUGCGCCACAACAGGCGCUCUCGCAACAGCCGCAGCAGCAGCAGAUGCAACAGCAGCAGAUGCAACAACAGCAGCAGAUGCAACAACAGCAGCAGCAGCAGCAGCAGCCGCAGCAGCAGCAGCAGCAGCCGCAGCAGCAGCAGAUGCAACAACAGCAGCAGCAGCAGCAGCCGCAGCAGCAGCAGCGGCAGGUUCAAUACGGCAGUGAGCUGAACCACAGCAGCAGCAGCACCGCUCUGGUUCGCGAUCUCACCUUCUCCGACUCCUCCGCUAUCGCCGCCGCUGCUGCCACUGCCGUCGCCACCGUAGCAGGUGCCAGCAUUUCCCCGCGUGCAUCCCCGCCGCUGGGUCAUGCGGACCUCCCUCCUCCUCCUCCUAAGCAACCACAGCAGCAGCAGCAGCAGCAGUCACCGGUGUCGCCGGCGGGUGGUGGCGCCGCAGAGAGCAACAUCUUCGCCGGGCUCGGCAACCUCGAUGGCACCCCACCGCCCACGCAGCCUGGCGGACUCUCGACCGACUCGGGCUCAGGCUCGGGCUCAGGUUUGGGUCCAGGCUCGGGGGCAGAGGGGGAGAGCGCCGAGGCGAUGAUGAGCAGACGGGGGAGUGGUUGCACUACUAUGGUACCGCCGCAGCUGCCACAACAGCAAAUGCAGCAGCAGCCGCAGCAGUAUAUGCAGCAUCAGUCGAAUGCGUGGCAGAGUGGUUCACAGCCGUUCCUGCCGCCACAGCAGCAGCCGCAGGAGUCCAGCCGGAUGAUGCGGCAGCCACAGGCAUCAAGCCAGAUGCAGCAGCCUCUGCAGCAGCAGCCACUGCCGCCCUUGCAGCAGCAGUACCAGCAGCAGACGCAUGUGCAGACGCACCAGCAGCAGCAGCAGCAGCGCAUUUUCCAGCAGUCAGAGUGCAAGCCUCUUCCCCAGACGGUGGUGUUGCAGCAGCCACAAGGGCAGCGACAGCAACAACGGCAGCAACAGCAACAGCAGCAACAGCAGCACCAGCAGCACCAGCAGCACCAGCAGCGCCAGCAGCAGCAGCAGCAGCAGCAGCAGACAGCAACAACGUAUCACCAUGAGCCAGUCCGGCAACAAUCGCUCAUGUCACACCAACUACCGCCAUCACAGCCACCCAUGCAGCAACACCAACAACACAUGCAACACCCGCAGCAGCAGCAGCAGCAGCAGCAGCAGCAGCAGCAGCAGCAGCAGAGACAUUUACCGCAAGGCCAGCGACAGCAGCAGCAUCAAUAUCAGCAGCAGCAACAAUAUCAGCAACAGCAAGCGCAGCAGCAGCAGCAGCAGCAGGUGCGUCAAGGGACACCAAAGCCAAUGCUUCUGGGAUCCUUCCUGCCGUUCAUGCAGAGAAAGGCACCCAACGGAGGGGCAACGACAGCAGGAGCGCCAGCACCAGUGCUGGUGGCAGGCACCAGCAGCACCAACAAUGGCAGCAAUGGCACGAGCAGUGGCGUGUGUAUGGGCCAUCAACACCUUGGAAACGCCCACAGUCACGCACACGGCGCCUGCAACUGCUUGCAGCAUGGCGGCAGUAGCGGCACCAGUGGCAACCACGUCCAGCUACCGUUACAGCAACCGCUACAGGCGCCGCUACAGGCGCCGCUACAGGCGCCACUGCAGCAGGCACAGCCGCAGUUCCACAUGCUGCAGCAGCAGCAUGGGCAGCAAGCAGGCAGCAGCAAUAACAGAGCGACACCAGCAGCAGCAGGAUGCAGUGGGGUUGUCAACAGCUCGGACGGCCGCGUGGUGCGAAUCCCUCUCGUCUCGCCCUCCCCUCCUCCCUCCUCCUCCGCCGCUCCUCCUGCUGCCGCCCCCCAUCCUGCUGUCCCGGCUGCUGCAGCAAACUUUACGAAUAAUAAUAAUAAUAAUAGCAGCAUAUGCACCAAUAAUGCCAUGGUCAACGGGAAUAAUAACAGCAAUAAUAAUAUGACUGCCGUCACAAUUAGCAGCGGAGGCAUGGCCCAUCCAUCCGCCCACAUGCAUGCCUCCUGCACCUGCUGCGCUGGUAGAAAUGGCGUUGCGGCUGCGCCUGCUGCUGCUGCUGCUGCUGCUGCUGCUGCUGCUGCUGGCCCGUCUCCCUCCCCCCUUGCUCCUCUCACUCGCUCCCGCUCUGCCUGCUACGCUCCCCCGAGCCAGCAGCCCCCACAAUCCCAGUCCCGCCAACAUCCCUUGUCGCACUCUCGCUCCCUCUCUCACACAAUGCUGCCCCACGGAUGGCAGCCAAAUAACAGCAGGGCUAAUAACGACGGAGGCAGCAACGGCUAUAAUGGCUACAACGGGUAUAACGGCCCGCCUGCUCCCACACAGAGCCCUGCAGCGGUUUCCUCUCCUGCCGCUCAUAUCCUCCCCUCCUCUCCGCCCCUCAUCCAGCAGUGCUCCUCCACUCCUACUCCUCUUCCUCCUGGCUUUACUCCUGCUACCGGACCUUCGUCUCACUCCCCGCCAGCAGCAGCGGCAGGAGCAGCAGCAGCAGGGUCGCCUGGGUUUGCAAACGCCAGCACGCCUGUUGCUUCAGCGGCUGCUGCUCCGGGUGCUCCUCCCACUCCCCUCUCCCACGCGCCCCUUUCCCUCCCUGCCACUCUCUUCAGCAGCAGCGGAAACAGCGGCACCCCUGGCAGCAACGGCCACAGCACACCUCGUGACUGUACCAACCUCAAGCCCCUGAGACUGCAGCAGCAUCAGCAGCAGCAGGUACAAAUGCAAGGACAGCCGAUGCACGUGCAGUCACAGCAGCAGCAGCAGCAGCAGCAGCAGCAGCAAUUACACCAACAGCAAAAUCACCAGCAGCAUCAGCAGUUGCGACGGCCCAGUCCCCCCACGUCUCUCCCUCUAUCGCUUCCACCCUUCACCACACCACCGGCACCAGCAUCAGCAUCUGCAUCAGCUGUUUCAACCGCACAGCACCCCUCUCUCCCCCACCUGUCAUCACACCCCUCCCUUCACCGCUCCCCCACCGCACCCUCUUCUGCUGCUCUCACCGCUACAGCUGCUGCCGCCUCUCCUGCUUCCACCGCUACCCCUGCCGCUGCUCCUACUCCUCCUGCUCGUGCCCCUGCUGCUGCACCCAUUGCCACGGCUGCCUCUGUUGCUGCUGCUCCCCGUGGCCUCGUGAUGCCGCCCUUGCCUUGUGCUGCGUCAGCAGUAAGGCCCUGUGACGUCGGCAAACACGUCGGCAGCACAAGCAGUGCGGGAGUAACUGUGAAGGAAGAGCCAACUGGUGGAGGUGCAUCUGGGGGAGGUGCGGCUAUGGAUCUGACCUGUCAGGAGGAUGAGUUGAAGCUAAGUCUAGAAGCGGCAGAGGAAGGCGAUAUGGGGGGAGGGGGAGGAGGAGGGGUAGGAGGGGGGAUUGUGGUGGGGAGGGAUGUAAGAGGGGAAGGAGGAGGAAAGGAAGGUGCUCCCAAGCAACGGACUUCAUUUGCAAAAGGGGGUAACACUGGUAACCCUACGAAGGCUCACAAUGACAACAGCUGCAGUGACGGCAUCAUGCAGCUACAGUACGCGGGCGGCAACGGGCCGCUGGGCUUCGGGUACAAGAUGAUCCCGAGAAGCAUUUCAGUAAGUGACUCGUUCCACUCCGCUGCAGCAGCAGGAGGAGGAGGAGGAGGAGGAGGAGGAGGAGGGGGAGGGGGAGGGGGAGGGGGAGGGGGAGGGGGAGGAGGGGGAGGAGGGGAGAAUGAUGGAGGGGGGGGGUUCAUGGACGAUAUGGAGGAGGACGAGGAGGACGACAUGUUGGGCGGCGGCGGCUACAGCCGCAAGCGCGGGUUUGUGCAGAACGCAGCGGCGUCGGCGGCGAGGAAGCGGCGGCACGACAUGAACCACCGAGUCAAGCGCCUGCUGGACCUCGUGCCCGUCUCCAACAAAAGGGACACAGCAGCAAUGCUCCUGGAGGUCAUUGAGCUCGUGCAGUCCAUGGUCGCUCAGAUCAAGGAGGCAACGCUUGGAGAAGAUGCACCGCCUGCUGAGGACACAUCCCGGCCGUGCAAGGAGGAGCACCUCACGUCCUCCCUCACACAGCAGCCGCUGCCCUCCACCUCCGGCAUCAGCCUUGCUGCCUCCGCUGCUGCAGAGAAACAGCAGCAGCAGCAGCAGCAGCAGAUGCUGGUCAGCCAAUCAGGAGCUGCCAGCACACUCUCAAACAGCACCGCUGCUGCCCCUGCUAACUCUCACCCACUCGUGCAACAGCAGAGUGGAGCCAUGGCGGCACCAUCAACAGCCACGUCUGCUGCUCCUGUGGAUAGCUCCCCCAACUCGAAGCAGAGCGCGCGAGCGGCGCAGGCGGCCAAGCUGAGGAUGCGGAGGAAGAUGCAGCAGGCGAGGCAGGAGGCAGAGAGGCGGAACAUGAGUGCGGGGGGAGGGGGAGGGGGAGGGAGAGAUGGUGGUGGUAAAGGUACAAAGAGUGGUGGCAAUGGUGGUUGCGGGGGGAGUAAAGGAGGUGGUGAAAGGGAGAAGCAGCCGAUGAAGACGCUGGCAGUUAGAGGCUUUGCACUUUUUAGUGCUAGGACUGCUAGGGUAGUUUCUAAUAGGGUGAUGCCAAAUUGAUAGGUGUAGAUAUGCCAGGUAGAAGAAUACGUACUGAACAACUAUACUGAAUUACCGUAUUCCCCCGUAUACAGCUCCCCGCAAAAUUGAACGCCCAUGGGUGGCUUGAGCGGACAUGGGUGCUUAAUUAAACUGGUUAUACAUAG